AUGGCUGUGCUCCGGCAGCUGGCGCUGCUUCUCUGGAAGAACUACACCCUGCAGAAACGGAAGGUCAUCGUCACGGUCUUGGAAAUCUUUCUGCCGUUGCUUUUCUCUGGGAUCCUGAUUUGGCUUCGCUUGAAAAUCCAGUCAGAAAACGUCCCCAAUGCCACCAUAUACCCCGGCCAGUCCAUCCGUGAGCUACCGCUGUUCUUCAACUUCCCUCCUCCAAGAGACACCUGGGAGCUGGCAUACAUCCCCUCCAGGAGCGACGCCGCGAGGACCGUCACUGAGACGGUGAAGAAGGCUUUAGUGAUCAACAUGAGAGUCCGAGGCUUCCCCUCAGAGAAGGACUUUGAGGACUACAUCAGGUAUGACAACCGCUCCUCCAACGUGCUGGCCGCCGUGGUUUUCGAGCACACCUUCAACCACAGCAAGGACCCUCUGCCGCUGGCGGUGAAGUACCACCUGCGCUUCAGCCACACGCGGAGAAACUACAUGUGGACGAAGACGGGCUCCUUCUUCCUAAAGGAGACGGACGGGUGGCACACCACCUCCCUCUUCCCGCUUUUUCCAAACCCAGGCCCGAGGGAGCCCUCGUCCCCUGAUGGCGGAGAGCCUGGGUACAUCCGAGAAGGCUUCCUGGCCGUGCAGCACGCCGUGGACAAAGCCAUCAUGCAGUACCAUGCAAACACGUCUGCACACCAGCUGUUCGAGAAGGUCACCGUGAUUGCAAAGCGGUUCCCGUACCCGCCCUUCAUCUCGGACCCCUUCCUCCUCGCCAUCCAGUACCAGCUCCCCCUGCUGCUCAUGCUGAGCUUCACCUACACCUCGCUGACCAUCAUCCGGGCUGUGGUGCGGGAGAAGGAGAAGAAACUCAAGGAGUACAUGCGCGUGAUGGGGCUGAGCAGCUGGCUGCACUGGAGCGCCUGGUUCCUCCUCUUCUUCCUCUCCCUCCUCAUCGCUGUCUCCUGCAUGACCCUGCUCUUCUGCAUCAAGGUGAAGAAGAACGUGGCGGUGCUCAGCAACAGCGACCCGUCCCUGGUGCUGGUCUUCCUGCUGUGCUUUUCCACCUCCUCCAUCUCCUUCAGCUUCAUGGUUAGCACCUUCUUUAGCAGAGCCAACAUGGCGGCGGCCAUCGGUGGCUUUCUCUACUUCUUCACCUACAUCCCGUACUUCUUCGUGGCGCCCCGGUACAACUGGAUGACCCUCAGCCAGAAGCUCUUCUCCUGCCUCCUCUCCAAUGUUGCCAUGGCCAUGGGGGCCCAGCUCAUAGGAAAAUUUGAAGCAAAAGGCACCGGCCUGCAGUGGCGCGACCUCCUGUGCCCAGUCAACGUGGACGACGACUUCGCCUUCGGGCAGGUGCUGGGCAUGUUGCUGCUCGACGCCGUCCUCUAUGGCCUGGUGGCCUGGUACGUGGAGGCCGUCUGCCCCGGCCAGUUCGGGGUGCCCCAGCCCUGGUACUUUUUCCUCACGCCCUCCUACUGGUGCGGGAGCUGGAGGUCCGUCCUGGGGGAGGAGGAUGGAGACGAUGACCCAGAGAAGGCGUUCAGGACCGAGUUCUUUGAGGCCGAGCCCAAGGGCCUGGUGGCCGGGAUCAAGAUCAAGCAUCUUUCCAAGGUGUUCAGGGUCGGGAAUAAGGGCAAGGCGGCUGUCAGGGACCUGAACCUGAACCUGUACGAGGGGCAGAUCACGGUCCUGCUGGGCCACAAUGGCGCUGGGAAGACUACCACCCUGUCCAUGCUCACAGGUCUCUUCCCCCCCACCAGCGGGCGGGCAUACAUCAGCGGGUAUGAGAUCUCCCAGGACAUGGCUCAGAUCCGGAAGAGCCUGGGUCUGUGCCCCCAGCACGACGUCUUGUUCGACGACCUGACGGUGGCCGAGCACCUGUACUUCUAUGCCCAGCUGAAAGGACUGUCGCUCUGGAAGUGCCGGGAGGAAGUCCGGCAGAUGCUGCGCACCCUCCACCUGGAGGACAAGCGGGACUCCCUGAGCAAGUUCCUGAGCGGGGGCAUGAGGCGCAAGCUGUCCAUCGGCAUUGCCCUCAUCGCAGGCUCCAAGGUGCUGCUGCUGGAUGAGCCCACCUCGGGCAUGGACGCCAUCUCCCGGAGAGCCAUCUGGGACCUGCUCCAGCAGCAGAAGAGUGAGCGCACCAUCCUGCUCACCACCCACUUCAUGGAUGAGGCCGACCUGCUGGGGGACCGCAUCGCCAUCAUGGCCAAGGGGGAGCUGCAGUGCUGUGGGUCAUCGCUCUUCCUCAAGCAGAAAUAUGGCGCAGGGUACCACAUGACCCUCGUGAAGGAGCCCCAUUGCGACCCAGAGGCUGUCUCCCGGCUGGUCCACCACCACGUCCCCAAUGCCACCCUAGAAGGCAGCGCCGGGGCUGAGCUCUCCUUCAUCCUCCCCAAAGAGAGCACCCACAGGUUUGAAACCCUCUUUGCCAAACUGGAGAAGAAGCAGAAAGAGCUGGGCAUUGCGAGCUUCGGGGCCUCCGUCACCACCAUGGAGGAGGUCUUCCUGCGGGUCGGCAAGCUGGUGGACACAAGCAUGGACAUCCAGGCCAUCCAGCUCCCAGCCCUGCAAUACCAGCAUGAGCGGCGGGCCAGUGACUGGGCGGUGGACAGCCACCUCUGCGGUGUGAUGGACCCCAGCGAUGGCGUUGGCACCCUCAUCGAGGAGGACUGCAGCGCCAUCCAGCUCAACACGGGGCUCACCCUGCACUGCCAGCAGUUCUGGGCCAUGUUUGUGAAGAAGGCUGUGUACAGCUGGCGGGAGUGGAAGGUAGUGGCGGCACAGGUCCUGGUCCCUCUGAUGUGUCUCACCUUCGCCCUCCUGGCCAUCAACUACUCGUCAGAGAUCCUGGAUGACCCCAGCCUGAAGCUGACCCUGGGAGAAUACGGCACAACCGUUGUGCCCUUCUCAGCUCCGGGGACGUCGCAGCUGGACCAGCAGCUGUCGGAACAUCUGAGAGACAUGCUGCAGGCUGAGGGCCAGGAGCCCCGCGAGGUGCUGGGUGACCUGGAGGAGUUCCUCAUCUUCAGGGCCUCAGUGGAGGGCGGAGGCUUUAACGAGCGCUGCCUGGUGGCAACGUCCUUCAGAGACGUCGGCGAGCGGAUGGUCGUCACUGCUCUGUUCAACAAUCAGGCCUACCACUCACCGGCCACCGCCCUGGCUGUCGUGGACAACAUGCUGUUCAAGCUGCUCUGUGGCCCCCGGGCCUCCAUCACCAUUUCCAACCACCCUCAGCCCCGGAGCGCCCUGCAGGCCGCCAAGGACCAGUUCCACGAGGGCCGGAAGGGCUUUGACAUCGCCCUCAACCUGCUCUUCGCCAUGGCGUUCCUGGCCAGCACCUUCUCCAUCCUGGCGGUCAGUGAGAGGGCCACCCAAGCCAAGCACGUCCAGUUUGUCAGCGGCGUCCACGUGGCCACCUUCUGGCUCUCCGCCCUGCUGUGGGAUCUCAUCUCCUUCCUGGUCCCCAGCCUGCUGCUGCUGGUGGUGUUCAAGGCCUUUGAUGUGCACGCAUUCACGCGGGAUGGCCACGAGGCCGACGCCCUGGCGCUGCUCCUGGUCUACGGCUGGGCCAUCAUCCCCCUCAUGUACCUGAUGAGCUUCCUCUUCUCGGGCGCAGCCACCGCCUACACGCGGCUGACCAUCUUCAACGUCCUCUCAGGCAUCGUCACCCUCCUCGUGGUCACCAUCAUGCGCAUCCCAGCGGUCAAGCUGGAAGAACUCUCCAGGAGCCUGGACCGGGUGUUCCUGGCGCUGCCCAACCACUGCCUAGGCAUGGCCCUCAGCAGCUUCUACGAGAACUACGAGACCCUGCGGUACUGCACCUCGUCCGAGGUCGCCGCCCACUACUGCCGGAAGUACCACGUCGACUACCAGGAGAACUUCUACGCGUGGGGGGCCCCGGGCGUCGGCCGGUUCGUCACCUCCAUGGCUGUCUCAGGCUUCGUCUACCUCACCCUGCUCUUCCUCCUGGAAACCGACCUGCUGUGGAGGCUGAAGAACCUCCUCUGUGCCUUCCGGGGCCGGCGCACACUGACGGAGGCAUACGGCCAGGCGCCAGCGCUGCCGGAAGACCAGGAUGUGGCAGACGAGAGGAGCCGAGUGCUGGCCCCCACGCUGGACCCGCCACCGCAGGACCCGCCGCUGGUCAUCCGGGAGCUCUCCAAGGUGUACGAGCCACGGGCGCCCCUCCUUGCUGUGGACAAGCUCUCCCUCGCGGUCCAGAAGGGCGAGUGCUUUGGCCUGCUGGGCUUCAACGGGGCCGGGAAAACCACCACCUUCAAGAUGCUGACCGGGGAGGAGACCAUCACCUCAGGGGACGCCUUCGUUGAGGGCCACAGCAUCCGCUCUGACCUGGGGAAGGUGCGGCAGCGCAUCGGUUACUGCCCUCAGUUUGACGCCCUGCUGGACCACAUGACAGCACGGGAGACGCUGGUCAUGUACGCCAGGCUCCGAGGUGUCCCGGAGCGCCACAUCGGGGCCUGCGUGGAGAACACACUGCGGGGCCUGCUCCUGGAGCCACAUGCCAACAAGCUGGUCAGGACCUACAGUGGUGGUAACAAGCGGAAGCUGAGCACCGGCAUCGCCCUGAUCGGAGACCCCGCGGUCAUCUUCCUGGACGAGCCAUCCACUGGCAUGGACCCCGUGGCCCGGCGCCUGCUCUGGGACACGGUGGCACGGGCCCGUGAGUCCGGCAAGGCCAUCGUCUUCACCUCCCACAGCAUGGAGGAGUGUGAGGCCCUGUGCACCCGGCUGGCCAUCAUGGUGCAGGGCCAGUUCAAGUGCCUGGGCAGCCCGCAGCACCUCAAGAGCAAGUUUGGCAGCGGCUACUCCCUGCGGGCCAAGGUCCGGGCCGACGGGCAGAAGGCAGCACUGGAGGAGUUCAAGGCCUUCGUGCACCUGACCUUCCCAGGCAGCGUCCUGGAGGAUGAGCACCAGGGGAUGGUCCACUACCACCUGCCCAGCCACGGCCUCAGCUGGGCAAAGGUGUUUGGUGUUCUGGAGAAGGCCAAGGAGAAGUACAGGGUGGACGACUACUCCGUGAGCCAGAUCUCGCUGGAGCAGGUCUUCCUGAGCUUUGCCCACCUGCAGCCGCCCGCCGGGGACGAGGCCCGGUGAGGCGGGCAUCCGGUCCCCGAGCUUGCCGCAUCCUGCACCUUCACUUCUUCCACCUUUCUACGACAGAGACGGAGCAACCGAGGCGGCGCAGGCGCUGUGGACUGAGUUUCUCACGCCGCAUGCUGGGGAACAGCGUGUCGAUAAUGACCUCUGAACCAGGUCCCCCAAGCAGGGGCGGCCUUGCGCCAGCGCGUGGGCUCCAGCAGAGAGGCGCUGCCCACCAGGGGGGUUUGGAAUUUUCUACCUAGUGGAGUCUCCAUGUUUCCACGCAGCACUGCGCUCUCCCUGAGGGGAUGAGCAGCCA